UACAACAGAUGCUGCUUUGCUGUAUUUCUUAAAAAUUUUUAGUAGGGCAUUCCUGUAUACCAUUAUGAUACUGAUGGCAGAUGGCUGUAAAGUGUGUAAUCCCCGGUCUAGAAAAGAAUCGCCGAACAAACUGACAGUUGCCACCAUAAUUGAAACACCGUAUGUAUUCUGGAGCGCCGAUUCCCCAGCGCACCACAACACUCCCCCGGAACAACUCCAAGGAAACACCCGCUUUGAUGGUUUUCUAAUAGAAUUACUGGGCAAAAUUGCCACGAAAGCCAAUUUUACAUAUGCUGUGCAGCUGGUAAAGGAUGGCCAGUACGGAUGGGUGGACGAGGACGGACAAUGGAAAGGAAUGAUCGGUGAGCUUGUUAGAAAAGAAGUGGACAUCGCCUUAGCACCGCUGACCAUCAUGGACCAAAGGAACGCAGUGGUUGACUUCACAGUGCCCUUUUUGGAAUUUGGGGCUGGUAUUCUUACGAAGAAGCCACAAAACAGUGAUUCUAAAGGUGCGAUUAAGAGUUUGGCGGAACUGGCCAACCAGACUGAUGUGGAGUACGGUGUAAUUGGAGGCGGUGCAACAUUUCAUUUCUUCCGUACCAGUGAAGCCGAACCUUUUAAAACAAUGUGGACUUUCAUGAACAGUCAUCCCUACGUUUUUGCUGGUUCGUUUUUUGAAGCACUAGAUCGUGUUCGGCAGGGCAACGGGAAAUAUGCCGCAAUACUGGAGACACCGGUCAUAGAAUUCGCAAGUAAUCAUCUUCCUUGUGAUACUGUGCGAGCGAUGUCAAAGGUAAUUGCUUGA